AUGAAUCGGUAUUACCACACCAUCAACAAAGCCAAUCGUACACUCCAGCAUAUCCAUUUCCCUGGUAUAUCAACUUUUCAACAUGGUCUUGACAUCCAGUCGGCAUUAAUGGAACAUAACCUUGAUUACAAAAGGAUAGAGUCAAAGGUACGACGUAUAGAGAAGCAGAACCAAACGCUGUCAACCGUUCAGCAAGGCCUUCUCGAUAAAAUGCAACAAGUUCAACCGCGGUCUACUGUACUCACUUUCCAAUUUGAAAAUGUUUACGCUUCAGGCUUGAAACUGAAGAAACAAAUUAGUCAACAGGAUAUUGAAAAAUUUGCCCGAUUUGGGUGCAAGUUCUAUCAACUAGAGCGUGGUGGUCAAGUGACGUGGCAUGGCAAAGGGCAACUUGUGGCAUAUGUAGUGGUUGACUUGAAAUCGUUUUUCAAACUUUCAGCCAAGUGUUUUGUAAAUAGAGUAUUGCUACAAUCCGUGGUCAAUGUACUUGGAAACUUUGGCGUUCAAGGUAAAAUACUGGAUGAAAAUCCAGGAGUUUGGGUGGUCAAUAGCCAAGGUGAAGAGGAAAAGAUUGCAAGUGUUGGUGUUCGAGUACGCCAUGGUGUGACUGAGUUUGGUAUUGCUUUAAAUAUUAAUCCAGAUUUGAAAUUCUUGAACACGUUUGAAAUGUGUGGAUUGAAGCUGAAGCAAACGACAUCGUUGAAACAGGAGUUGGAGAAAUCUGUGCGCAACGGUGCACUUCCAAGCAUUGGCAACGCUGCUGAUUUAUUUGCCGAAGAGGUGGCUGAAGCACUAAAAAUGGAGCAAAUAGACAAAGUAAUCCUAUAA